AGUUUGGCCUAAAAGCUGCUCUUAGCCUUGGCAGCCGGCUUUGGCUGGCUGGCAACCGGUUAGCCCAGCGGCAACAACCCGGACAAUUCCGGCGCGAGAGCGCAGGCCCCGCCUCCGCUGUGCUUUGAGGCGGUCCCGACUAUUGCUCCCCGCGCCGCCUCUAAACUCAACAGCUCGCGCGUGUAACAAGUCGAGCUGUGUCGUAACUGCUGGCCUUGGAGGCUGGAUGUCUGGGGCACUGUCUUUGUCCGCAAGAGGCAGCGCCUUUGGAGCCCUCCAAGGGCGAUCGCCAAGAAGGCCAUUGCCGGAGCGAGAGUAGAGGAAAGCAGAAACACUCGCCGACCUUGCGUGGGAAGAGCACUGCGAAAACCCAAGGCGGGCGGCGGGCGAGGUGUUGGGUCUCUUCCUCUUCUCAUCGCUUCCUUGGCUUUGCAAAAGGCGGCGAGGUUGAGAAAUCCACUGGCGUAGGUCGGAAAGGAAAAGCCCCACGUGGGGGGUGGGGGUGACGACGAGCUACUAGAAAAGGAACUGCGUUGCCUCCCGGAGCUAGGAUGCUUCCCGGCGAGAUGCUACUGUAAGAAGAGCUUUUUGCUUGGGAUCGCAGCGCUGCAGAGGCUCUGGAGAGACUUGGGCGACUGGAAGCUUCGCCAGCCUGACCGAAACAAGAGGGACGAGAAAGGGUCUCUUCCGUUCAAGGAGAGAAGAAAGAAAAAAGGAGGCUGGCUCGUUGACCCGCUCGCGGCAUCGUGCGAGCGUGGCUGCGUGCGUGUGUUUAGCGUAUUUUUAACUUUCCCCACUUGGCUGCUGAAGUACCUUCGGAAGCCGGCGCUUACUCCAGCCUCGCAACUCUGAUUUUAAACAGUGUUUACUGUCUCACCCUCCCGUGAUGUUGCCAGCGUUUUCUGAAAGACUCUUUGCCGUUUGUCUUCUUUCUUCAGAAGUUCUCUGCAGAAUUCUCACAACCUGAGGGCCAAGCCGUCUCUGCCUGGAAGUCGCUUGUCCUGUUUGAAAUUGAAAACAAUCCACUUUGAUUAUUGCAAGAUAAAAGAAGAAACGAUGGGUGGUAACCUUGGCUGCCACCGCUCCAUACCCAGAGACCCUUCAGAUCUUUGCCAUAAUCGUAAAUUCAGCGCCGCAUGCAAUUUCAGUAAUAUCCUUGUGAACCAGGAGAGGCUAAAUAUUAACACAGCCACAGAAGAGGAGCUCAUGACUCUUCCUGGGGUCACCAGGAUGGUAGCCCAAAACAUUGUGGAAUAUCGUGAGUAUAUUGGUGGCUUCAACAAAGUUGAAGACUUGGCCUUGGUGAGUGGAGUUGGAGCUGCCAAGCUGGAGCAGGUGAAAUUUGAGAUCUGUGUGAACAGCAAAGGAAAUUCUGCACAACAUUCACCCAACUCUUUAAGAAAAGACCAGAAUCUGGAUCACCUUUCAGCUAUUAAAAUCAACAUUAAUACAGCUACACCUGCUCAGCUCAUGAGCAUCCGAGGUAUCACAGAAAAGAUUGCCAACAGCAUUGUAGAAUACCGCAGAGAGCAUGGGCCCUUCAAAAGUAUUGAGGACUUGGUCAAGAUGGAUUGUAUCAACUCUUUAAUUUUGGACAAAAUCCGAUAUCAGAUCUUUGCAGAACGGUCAAGACCCUCUUCCACAAAUACUAAUAGUGGCCUUAAUUUCACUGUCAAGCCUCAUCCAAGCCCCACAUCCCUGAGCCUCCAGAGUGAGGAUUUGGAUUUUCCUCCUGGAGGGCCCACACAGAUGAUCUCCACACGACCCACAGUGGAAAUGUUUGGUGGGGUGCGGGAUGGGCGACCUGUGCUGAGAGUGGCCACUUGGAAUCUGCAAAACUGCUCUGUUGAAAAAGCCAACAAUCCUGGUGUGCGAGAGGUUGUGUGCAUGACUUUAUUGGAGAACAGACAUACCAUGAAAAUAUCUUCUAUAUCCCCUGAAGUAACACGCUCCUUUUGCAGUAAAUUUCCCUGCAAGCCAAGCAUCAAACUUUUGGCUGUGCAGGAGUUGAUUGAUAGAGAUGCACUUGAGAAGUUUUGCAUGGAGUUAAAUCAGCCAACUCUGCCAAACAUCCGCAAAUGGAAGGGCCCUCGAGGAUGUUGGAAGGGAAGCAUUUCAGAGAAGCUCUCAGGGCACCCCGAGAAGCAUGUAGAAUAUUCUGGCUUCCUGUGGGACACAACUGCAGGGAUAGACCUGAAAGAAGCUACUUUCUCUGAAGGCCCACACACAAAUGACAGUGGGAAACAGAUUCAUCCUCAUCCUUACAUUGUACAUUUCAAGAUUGGAAUGAAUAAUUUAAUACUGGCUAACUUGCAUUUAAUGCCAUUGCCAUCUACUGGGGAAAAUUCUGUGAAGAAUCAAAAUAGUCAUAAAUUAGCAGUCUUUGCACAUACUAUACAGGAAACACUGAAAGGUGAAAAAGAUGUGGUAAUUUUGGGUGACUUUAGUCAGCCCCCUGAUAGUAGUGACCAUGACUUGUUACGAAAGGAAAAGUUCCACCAUCUGGUUCCUGCAAGUACAUUCACAAACAUCAGCACAAAGAAUCCUCAAGGUUCCAAAUCUCUGGACAAUAUCUGGAUCAGUCGUGGUUUGAAAAAGAUUUUCACUGGUCAUUGGGCAGUUGUAAGAGAAGGUCUUACAAACCCUUGGAUCCCUGAUAACUGGUCAUGGGGUGGAGUAGCAUCAAGUCACUGUCCAGUUUUAGCUGAAUUUUACAUUGAGAGAGACUGGAAUAGAAAGGAUCUAAGUCAAAACGGAGAUGGCGUUUUAGUGGAAUGCACUGAUGUGCAUUCUAAACAUGAGCGGUGAUGAAAAGGAGGAAAGCUACUUUUUUUUCCCCCCAAAAGAUGGUUUGAAGAUAGCUUCACUCAAGGUUUGACAGUGAACAAGAACUGCUGUGUAUUUUGUUUUAAUUUAAAAAUGAAUAUGCUUCUGCUUUUAACAUCUCCCUUUCCUAUUCCCACUUCCCACAAGUCACUGUGGAUUGUGAAUUAUGGAGACAUGGAGGUUUCUGGGGAUUGAUAUACCUGGAUAAUUGCAAAUAAAAUUUACUUAUUAAUAGUG